AUGGACGACACCAGCGAUAGAAGAGCAUCUGGGGUUGCUGAAAACAGGGGGGAACAUAAGAAUGCAAGGAGGAGAAGUGGAAACAAGCCAAUCGACAAUUUGUGUGAAGAAGAAGACCUUGAAGCCAACAGCGAUGAGCCCUUCCCAGAUGGCACAGCAAGGAAGAAGCCAGAACACAGGCGAUCCAGCCUUAGUAUGAGUAACAAUGGCGUGCCUGGGGAAGAAGAAGAAAAACUGGCGAAGCUCCAUUUCACUGCACAAGGCAUAUAUAUGUCUUCAAUGCAUGGUCUAGCAGCAUACAACGACGACGACUCAACGAGUGAAGCAGAGGCAAGUCAGCAGCAACAAAAUGUGAGAAUGUCCAUCGCCAGUUCUGUUGCCGCUUGUUUCCCUCGUCCUCGUCCUUUUCUUUGUUCUUUGCGCUAGGACCGUAAGCUGAAGCAGCGAUUAGAUGUUCCUCCAGAGCGUACAUUACAACAGCAAGAAACAGCCGCAGACUCAAUGCGCAGAAGCAUGAACUCACCCACUAUCAAGCGAACGUCAACCGCGGACGAGGAAGCUCCUGACCCUGUUCCAAUUGCGAGUUCGUCUCGUGCAACGUCGCCUUCUCCAAGUCACACAUCUUCGGAUAAGAAGGUCGAUGAGCUGACGCGUUUUAGAGACUUGCUACGACCUCCUUCUAUUGAAGGGCUCGGUGACUGGGGUAUACCGCCCGCACCGGACGACGACGACUGUGACCCUGCAUUAGUUGCAAAGCUUGCUCAGUUUCACGAGUUAAAGCGAGAUCCAACCAACCCUCGCCAUUUCAAUGACUCGCUGAUGUCGAACCGCUCGUUCCGAAACCCUCAUUUAUAUGCUCAGCUAGUAAACUUUGUUGAUGUUGACGAGUGUACGACGAAUUUCCCACCUGACAUUUGGGAUCCAACGGACGUGAAGGAGGAGUGGUAUGCCGAACGAAUAGCUGAAGAACAGAAAAAAAGUGAAGAAAAACAGGCAGCAAAUCAAACGCCAGGAAAACGUUCCCGUAUAGACUUCACCUCUUCGACGUCGUCUUCAUCUCGUCAAGCCUCGAACUAUGCGAAAAAUGGCGGUGGCGUGACAGGGAAUAAGUACUUGUCUUCAGCCGCCGACUCAGCGCGACCGAAUCGACAAAGUCGCUUCGCACCGUACUCAUCAGGUACAAAUGCAGCUUCAAGGGAUAGGCUGGGUGGUCGAUGGGGUUGAUUGCGAAUAUAUCCAGAGCUGAUACAGAUGUCUGAGGCGUAGUCUUGCACUUCAUCCCUGUUAGUAUAUUCUUUCGUUGGAAUACGAUGCUGAUGCAACAUUC